GAUUGGACGGCAACGCGAAGCAAUUCAUCGGUAGCAUCUUCGAAACCUCAAACGAAAGAUAUGAGUGAUCUGCAAGGCAGUGUUGCUCGUGAUAAGCCUAAGCCGGCAGUCAAAGUCGAGGCUGUCAGCGCUACGCAGCAGCAGAGAGUCUCAAAGCAACAAGUGACAUCGAAGAGCUCGAAGAGUAUCAACCAAUCACCAUACUCUAAGAGAAAGGCUGGCGCGGGCGAUGAAUGUGUGGAGCUAUUGAAACGAACCAAUCAGUUCAUCGAUCAGAUUGAACGGAUUUACGGUAUUAGUGAUGAGCCGAAACAAUGCUCUGAACAGUCACUGAGGUGGAUUAAUAUUCUGCUUGGAUCUGGCGACGUUUUCUUUUGA